AUUAUUUUUAUUAAUUAGAAAAAUGUCCAUAGUUGCAGAGUCACCAGGCUUCAUCCAAGUCUUCUCAAACGGCGCCGUAAAACGCUUCUCCCCUCCGACAGCCGCCCCCUCAUUAUCCAACAACAAUAAAUACAAGUCAAAGGAUGUAAUAAUCGAUCCAUCCAAACCCAUUACCGCAAGAAUCUUUCUCCCCCAACACCACUCUUCACAAUCACAAUCGAAAUCCAUCCCAAUCCUCGUUUACUUCCACGGCGGCGGCUUCUGCAUCGGCUCAACAACCUGGCUCGGCUACCACACUUUCCUCGGUAACCUUUCAUCCACCGCCGGAAUCAUCGUCCUCUCCGUCGACUACCGUCUCGCCCCCGAAAACAAGCUCCCCAUACCCUACGAAGACUGCUUCGCCGCCCUCCAAUGGCUCGCCGCCGCCGCCUCAAACACCGAGCCGUGGCUCCAAGAUGCCGAUCUGUCCAGAAUCUUCCUCUCCGGCGACAGCGCCGGAGGAAAUAUAGCCCACCACGUCACCGUUAAAGCCAUCGAAACGAACAUUAAUAUUAGGGUUAAAGGGCUGUUGCCGAUUCAUCCCUACUUCGGAAGCGAGGCGAGGACGGAGCUGGAGAUGGAGGAGGCCUCCGCCGGCGAGGUGGCCAUGAACGACAUGUUUUGGAAGCUGAGCUUGCCGGAGGGAUCGGACCGUGAUUACUACGGCUGCAAUAUCGAGAAGGCCGGGCUGCCGGAGACGACUGAGUGGGGGCUUUUUCCGGCGGUGGUGGUGUUUGUGGCGGGGUUGGAUUUCUUGAGAGAGAGAGGAGUGAUGUAUGUGGAGUUCUUGAAGAAGAAAGGUGUGAGGAAUGUGAGUUUGGUUGAUGCUGAGGGGGAAUCCCAUGUUUUUCAUGCAUGGAAUCCUGACUCUACGGCGUCGUUUUUGCUUCAGAAUCAGAUCUCUUCUUUCAUACAAAGCCUGUGAUCAUGUUUGAUUUACUAGGCCCAAUGCCCAAUAAAUUCAAAUUCUUCAA